AUGCCGGGGCAAUCCAGGCUCCUCACCCGGCUCGGCGCGGCCGUGGUGGCGCUGCAGGGCUGCGGGGUCGCGGGCCAGCAGGAACCCUUGCCGGCGGUCCCAUGGCAACCCGGUCCCGAGAGGUUCUCCGUCCAGGUCCCGGGCACCGACGGCCCCACCAUCUCGCUGUACUCGGCCGAGGGCCAGGUUGGCGUCUCGACAGGCGACUCCCUGCGACGGGCCCUGAGAGAUCCUGAGGACGGCGGCACGAACUGGUACUUCCUGGAGCUGUACGACCACAUGUGCCCGCACUGCUGGUAUGCGGUGCCAAUCGUGAACGACGUCGCGAGCGCAUUCCAGGAUGUCGACGGCUGGAAGAUGACGUCCCUGAAUUGCCACAUGCGGCAGAACGGGGAG